UUUCGGCGCCCGUCAACUCUGCCCUUUUACGACAGUUUACGAAAAAUGGCAAGCACAGACAAUAAGCGCGUGGCUAACAAUACUUGGUCCAAUAUUUACGGCAGGGUUCCUACGGUAGGACCGGACAAAAUGAAGGUGACCUUUUGCACGGAUAUGGAUAAAUCGGUAAUUGUUUACAAUUUCGAAAAGCGCGGAUGGACGCAAGUUAGUCCCGAAGAUGACUGGAACUUUUACUGGGCCGUCACGCAAUCGUGCCGAAAUAUUUUCAGCGUCGAAACCGGCUACAGAAUGGCUGAUAAUCAAACUAUAAACCACUUUCCAAAUCACUACGAGCUGACUCGCAAGGACCUCCUCGUUAAAAACAUCAAACGAUACCGAAAAGACCUGGAGCGCGAAGGCAACCCUUUGGCCGAAAGAGGCGACGGUCCCGGAAAAUACCUUCAUCUCGACUUCAUACCGGUGACCUUCGUGUUACCAGCAGACUACAACAUGUUCGUCGAGGAGUAUCGGAAAUCGCCGCAAAGUACGUGGAUCAUGAAACCCUGCGGCAAAUCCCAAGGCGCUGGAAUAUUUUUGAUAAACAAAUUGAGCAAAUUGAAGAAAUGGUCCAGGGAAGCGAGAAAUCCCUUUAAUCCGAAUCUCACGAAAGAGUCUUACGUUAUAUCCAGAUACAUCGAUAAUCCUCUUCUGAUCGGUGGCAAAAAGUUCGAUCUUCGACUCUACGUUUUAAUCACAUCGUUUAGACCUCUGAAAGCGUAUCUCUUUAAACUCGGGUUUUGCCGCUUUUGUACAGUUAAAUACGACACCAGCAUUCAGGAGUUGGACAACAUGUAUGUCCACUUGACCAAUGUUUCCGUCCAAAAACACGGGGACGAAUACAACAGUUUACACGGCGGAAAGUUGAGUGUUCAGAAUCUUCGACUUUACUUGGAGAGCACGAGAGGCAAAGCGGUGACCGAAAAAUUGUUCGCAAAUAUUUCCUGGUGCAUAGUCCAUUCGUUGAAAGCCGUGGCUCCUGUUAUGGCGAACGAUCGUCACUGCUUCGAAUGUUACGGCUACGAUAUUAUCAUCGACAAUAAGCUGAAACCUUGGCUGAUUGAAGUAAAUGCUUCACCUUCGCUAACAUCGACAACCGUCAACGAUCGAAUACUGAAGUACAAACUUAUCGACAAUAUAGUAUCCGUAGUUUUGCCUCCUGAUGGCGUUCCAGACGUUAGAUGGAAUAAAUGCCCAUCGCAAGAAGCAAUGGGCAACUUUGAACUUCUUAUAGACGAAGAGUUAGUGGCUCAGGACGAAAGAGAAAAUCCAGGAAAGUACCGAAACUCGUCAAGUAAAUGGAAAUGAAAAGACGGAAUUUAUUGUUGAAUUUAAAAACAGAGUUAUAAAAUCAAUACGUAUGUAUAGACGAA